UCCAUGGAGACGCCGUCCUCCCCCGCCGCGCGGGACCCGCUCUCGUGCGCGGCGCUGCCUCUGGAGGUGCUCGCGCUGGUCGUCUCCUACUUCCGGCGCGACCUCUCGCCGCUCUCGCGCUGUGCGGCCGCGGCGCGUGGCCUGCUCUCGCGCUGCGAGCACCUGCUCUGGCGCGCCGUCGCCUGCCGGCGGUGCGGCCUCGAGCUCUGCCACCCCAGCGAGCUGUAGCUGCGCCGCCCCUGCGGGCGCCCGCUCCGCUGCUUCGCCGACGGCCCCACGAGCUUCGCGCGGCCUUGCCGUGCCCCCGCAGAGGCUGCGGGCGCUGGCGGCGCAGGCCGCGGUCGAGCUCGCGCACGGGCGGCGUGGGAGGUGGCGCGCCCCGCUGGAGUGCCCCGGGUGCGGCCUCUUCCUGGGCGAGGUCGCCCUCGCGCGGCAGCCCUUCGCGACGGACCCCCUUCCAACGGGAGGCGGGCCCGGGGGUGCAAGCGAGGGCGUGGCCCUCGUGUGCGCAAGCUACCUCCGCAUGGUCGACAGCGACGGCCCCUGCGGCGAGGAGCCGGAGCCCCUCUGCUGCAGCGGCGCUCGCCGGCAGCGCGGGCGGGGCGCGUGCGGGAACCUGCUGGCGGAUCGCUCCGACGUGCUGUCGGAGCAGCACUGCUGGUGCCCCCCCGGCGGCGACACGGAGGGCGCCUGGUACAUCAACGGCUUCGCCGCCGGCGCCGUGGUCGUGGGGCCUCCGCGCGCCCAGCAGCUCGCGCAGGGCCGCAUGGAGGUGGCCGACGUCAGCUGCGCCGCCUGCGGGGGCUCCGUCGGCUGGCAGUUCGCGAGGGACCUGUCGCGCGACCUCCGCAACCGCCACCAGGUCGGCCGCUUCGGCCUCUGCCUCUCGUCCGUGCGGGCGCGCACGGGCGAGGCGGCGGCCGCGGUGUCGAGGGGGCGGCCGCGCCUCGAGUACAUGGCGGAGGCGCUGGGCGUCGAGGAGGCGGAGGACACGAGCGCAGCCAGCGCCACGGAGGGCGACUCGGAUGACAGCCAGCGCCUCCGCGCCGGGGUGGCCGCGGGCCCCGGCUCGGGCGGGCCCGAGGACGACCUCGCGCCUUGA